AUGAGCAGAGACGAUUGUAACAAAACGCCUUCUUCAAAAAAACGGCGCGCUCAUAAUGAAUCCACUAAAAAUGUCGGAUCACCUUCAGAAAAUACCCAAAAUCUACAAGCGUCAGAAAAGGUAAUAAGGAAACGGAAGAAACCAUUACCAAAAUUUCGAUUGAAGACAAAUGGAGAAAAGGCUUCAUUAUCUAUUGGAAACAGUGAAAGAGUUCCAUUAACGCUCACAGAUAUUCAAUAUUUGCUAUUACACUCUCUACUUGGUAACCUCAACCUAACCGAGACCCCACGUUGGUAUACAUUAGAAAAGUGUGAAUCAAUUAAAAAAACAACAUGUUUAAUUUUGGAGGGUAUAUCUAUUAAGCAUUGGGAAAAGUACUCAGAUGAAUUAAGUAACGCUAAACAGAUAUUCCAGGAUUUUGUGGAAGUUUUAACACCCUCUGUUUAUGGGGGUUCAUUAGUUGAAGAACUUGCUUUGGUUCCCUUGUCAGAGGCUGAAAAGGAUAUCAUAAUUCAGAAAUAUGGGAGUAUGAAUUUAGCACUUCAAGCAAGGAAAGAUUUGAUGAUUAUGAUGAAAGCUGUCUUUCCUAUAGGAGAUGGAAGUGGAGUGGAUGAAGUUGAGUUUACUACUCAAGACAAAUUUCCGAGAACUCAGUUAGUAUUGUCAGCCUGGCAAUUGAUUGAAGAGAACUACCCAGUACCUCUCAAGGGAAAACUCAGUACUGCUUAUGCUGAUUAUGUACUCACAAAAGAUGAAUAUGCACCUGUUACUGCUUCAUCUCCAAUGUUUGGUAUAGACUGUGAAAUGUGUUUAACAAAUGCUGGUUCGGAAUUGACAAGGAUUUCUGUGGUAAAUGAAAAACAUGAAGUGAUAUAUGAGUCAUUAGUCAAACCUUAUAAUGAUAUUACAGACUAUUUAACCAAAUUUUCAGGAAUCACAAAAUCUCUAUUAAAUAAUGUAACUAAACGCUUAGAAGAUGUACAGAAUGACUUGAGAACACUAUUACCUCCAGAUUCGAUUUUAGUAGGCCAGUCUUUAAACACAGAUUUGCAUGCUUUAAAAAUGAUGCAUCCUUAUAUAAUAGAUACCAGUUUAUUGUAUAACUUUACUGGAGAAAGAACUCGAAAACCAAAACUUAAAACAUUGGCAAGAGAAUUUUUGAAAGAAAAUAUUCAGAUGGGAAUGGAAGGUCACUGUUCCACUGAAGACUCUUUAGCAGCAUUAAAAUUAGUACAACUGAAACUUAGUAAUAGCAUUGAGUUUGGUGAUGCUGUACAUACAAAUAGAGAAAAAUUUAAGGAAAAUGUUAUAAAAAUGGUGAAAACACCCCAGUAUGCCUUAUCAAUAUUCAAUCACAUGCUGGAGCAAAAGAAAUCAUCUGUUAUAAUAGGCUGUGAUGAUAUAACUGGCGACUAUCAUACAUAUCUGACCCAAGCCAAGGAAAGUAUGUCUGCUCAGUUAAAGAAAGGGAAGCCUAAGAAGAUCAAGCUGGUUACUGUAGACACUGUCGAGGAAGUGAUUACUUCAUUCAAAGAAUCUGUCAGUGAUUAUAACUUAACUAUGGCCCAUUUGAAAUGCAAUCCAGAUGAUGAUACGGAAGAGGAACUGAUUAAGAAAAUCAACACUUGGAUUCAAUCAAUUUGGGACCAUCUCGAGCAGCCAUCUUUGUGUGUUGUAGUGUUUGGUGGGACUACAGAAGACAAUGGUUUAGCAUUGAUGAAAGUGAAGAACACUUAA